CUGCUCGCCCGUGAGCGUUGGAGCGCGACGGAUGCAGCGUUCGCACGCAGCCCGCGUCCAAAACAAGGCGUUGGCGUGAUGGCGGCGGGCUCGGGCGGGUUGUUGUGCUAGUGCGGCUUUAAUUUCACGAUUAUGUUGUUUUGUUUGGCCCUAAACUUCCCCUGAGAUUGUAAAUCUCGCACUUCUUGAUCCCGGCAUCAAGUUUCGACUCAUUUCCCCCGGGCCACCCUUUGGUCGGACCGACUAGAAGCAGUGAGUCAUGGGGUGGCACCUGUUGUUGUACACGGUGCUGGCCAUCCUCGGCCUGGGCGUCAACGUUAUCCUCUGUCAGUAUGAGUGGCAGGCCAAGGACUCGUUCGACGAGGUGCGCUCGCAGAUGCAGCGCGUCACCAAGGACAACUGCCCCAUCCAGCACCUGGGCGACCUGUACCUCCCGGAGGACUCGGUCAGCCACAUCCCCGACAUCAAGGAGAUCAACAUCAACCCAGUGUUCCCCAACAGGACCGCUCUCUUGCACCUGCACAACAUGGCCAUGAGCAGAGCCUUUUUCUUCUCUUACAUUCUCCAGACAAGGUUUAUUCGACCAGCCAUCAAUGACACCUACGAUCCUGGUAUGAUGUAUUACUUCCUGUCAACUGUGGCCGAUGUAUCCGCCAACCCAUACAUCAACGCCAGUGCAAUUUACUUUGCUCCAAACUCUUCGUACUCAUCCUCAUACAGAGGAUUCUUCAACAAAACUUUGCCACGUUUUGCCCCUAGAACUUUCAGGGAGGAUGAUUUUAAUGACCCUGUCCAUCUUGAACGACUGUCAACCCGGAACACUUUUACAGUAAGAGAUCUAGGUGCCUUUCCCAGUGACAGCCUAAGUCAAGAUUAUACAUCUGAAUAUUAUCGCAUCAAUGAAUGGUAUAAGAAGUGGUUACCUGAUCAAACAAAGGGUCGUCAUGAUACUAAAACAACCUAUCAAGUUGAAAUACGAUAUGCAAACAACACCAAUGAAACAUUUACCUUCCAUGGACCACAAGGUGCUCAUGAGGAUCCUGGACCAGUUAAAUGGACUCGCCCAUAUUUUGACUGCGGGCGCUCUAACAAAUGGCUUGUAGCUGCUGUGGUGCCGAUUGCCGAUCUUUAUCCCCGUCACACAGGUUUUCGGCACAUUGAGUUUCCUAUGUACACUGCAGUGUCAGUGAUUGAAAUGGACUAUGAUCGAAUAGAUAUUAAUCAAUGUCCUAAAGGCCAGGGAAAUAGUGGUCCUAAUAUAUUUGCAGACACUGCAAGAUGUAAACAAGAAUCUACAGAGUGUGAACCUAUUCAUGGAUGGGGCUUUAGGAGAGGAGGUUAUCAGUGUCGAUGUAGACCUCAAUACCGUCUACCAACUGUUGUGAGACGGCCAUUCCUUGGAGAGAUCAUAGAGCGAGCUACUGCUGAACAGUAUUACAAUAAUUUCGACUGCCUGAGAGUAGGAUGGGUCCACAAGAUUCCUGUUAAAUGGGAUAGAGUUCCAGAAUACAUGCGCAACUAUUAUUUGGACAAGUUCCCAGAGUACAAGAAUGCAUCUAAGGGUGCGAAAUCUCUUCAUGCUGGUAGAGUUAACGUUGAUGAGGUUCUUAAGUUUAUCUUCUCUGUGAAUGAAGGAAACUGCAAACAAUAUCACCCACAAGAUCUUAUCCUACAUGGAGACAUUGCAUAUGGUACUGAGGAGCAGUUUGAAAACGAGGCCAAAAUGGCCUCUCGUCUUGCUAAUUUCAUCAGUGCCUUCUUACAGAUAUCAGACCCCAAAGAAGUGUUCACUGGGAAGCGUGUGGCUGAUCAACCACUCACUGAAGAUCAGAUGUUUGGUGAAACUUUGGCUCUUGUCAUGGGAGAUACCAAGAUCUGGUCUGCUGGAACUUAUUGGGAACGAAAUAAGUUCACCAAUCGCACACUAUUUGCUCCUUAUGCUUAUAAAGAGCAAUUAAACACAUUGAAAUUCAAACUGGAGGAUUUAGCUCGGCUGAACAAGUCAGAGGAGGUGUACCUCAAUAAACCAUGGUUCCGUUUCCUAAAGCAGCGCUGGUCAACAAACUUUGACGACCUAGAAAAGUACUUUAUGAAAAUCAAAUUACGUUUCAAUGAAACUGGUGAAAAUCUGAAGAAGUAUGAACACUAUCCGAACCACUACAGAGCUGCAAAUCUUAAUCAUGGUCACUGGACAACACCUUACUUUGAUUGUGAAGGGAAAGUGAAGAAAUGGGUCAUGACUUAUGCAUCUCCUUUCUUUGGUUGGGACAGCCUUAAGGUUAAACUUGAAUUCAAGGGUGUUGUGGCUGUGACUGUCAAUUUGCGUCAGCUAGACAUCAACCAGUGUCCAGAUAAGUAUUAUGUACCCAAUGCAUUCAAGGAUACCCACAAAUGCCCAAGAAAAUCGUCUUAUUGUGUUCCUAUUCUUGGUCGUGGGUUUGAAACUGGUGGUUACAAGUGCCAGUGCAUACAAGGGUUUGAGUAUCCCUUUGAGGAUCAAAUAACAUACUAUGAUGGUCAACUUGUUGAGGCAGAGUUCUCAAAUAUUGUAAAUGAACAACCAUCGAGGUAUGACAUGUUCAAGUGCCGUGUGGCUGGUGCCUCAACUGUUCAAAGCAGCUUUGUAGUGCUGUUCAGUAUGAUGGUAACGUUGUUGAUAUACUUCAGGCGGUAAAGAAAAGUACCUUUACCGUAGAAUGAUCUCAGGUAAGGUUGCUUAGAGGGUAUUCUUCUUCAUUGAGAGAACUAGAGAUUUACUUAUGCAGAAGAUGAGUCUGUGUCACACCCCAAACUGUGUGCUCUGCAUUUUAACCAGUCCUUUUCUCUCUGGAAGAAUUUUCCCAAAAUAAUUUAUGUUGGUUGAAAAUCUCUUCAAAAUAGGACUGAUUCAAGGAAUUUUGGUUCAAGUUACAUUAAAUCACAUAGUUCUUUUUUGUACCUUUUUUUUAAAUGCCAUUGUGAGCCAUCUGUCAGAAAUACCAAUGUUAAGUAAGUGAGCACAAUUUGAUAUCAUGUUGAAAGGCAACCUUUCAAAUUAUAAAUACCUGACUAAAUAACAAAAUCACGACAAACACUUAAAUUUAUAUUGACUUAGUUUUUAAAAUGUAGAGCUUUAUCAUACUUUGGUUGCUUUUUUUCAAUGCAUUUCUUUUUCUUUUAUGCAUGCACCAAAAAUAUUAUCACUGUUCCGUUUAAGUCACAUUCCUUGGGGACUUUACCUACUUGGUAGGCCGGAGUGCACAAUGUGCGUAGUCCAUACUCUCAAAUCAAGUUUUUGUCUAGAACCAUGAAUUAUAGAUUUUAUGAAGUAGUGUAAGUGAGUUGAUGAUUGAUCUGCAUUAAAACAUACGUUUUCCAAUUGGAAAUGAACAAUGUUUUAUAGAUAGACAAAUGUUGAUGCAUUAAAUGUUAAUGAUCUAAUUCAGUUUUGAUGCUUUGAAAUUCAUCUGUAUUAUGAACAUGAUGUUUAGAUCUGAUUUUUAAAAAUAGUUUAAACUCUUGAGAGGUCUUCCCAUAAAUUAACACACUGCCUUUUUCUAAAUGUGAUAGGUAAUUAAUACAUUUUUCUAAAUGUAUUUGACAGUUGUGAGGGAAAAACAUUUUUUCUUUGUACAUUGUUUUUUGAACAUGUGCUAAUGUAUGAAAUGAGGGUCGUCCUUGACAGAACUUUUUGCAGUUUUGACCCCUCUAUUUAGUUGUAAGUGCAGAUUAUCUGCAAGCAUGUGCCUUAGGAACAAUUCCAAUUAAUUAACUUUUCCGUCCGACUAGAGAAUGUGUAAGACUACCCAUUUUACUGUAUUGCACAAAAUCUUUUAAUGUUGAUAUUGUAAUUUUUGAGAUACUAUUUUGCUCAUGUAAUAGAGUUUAUUAUGAUUGUGCUCUCAGUCAUUCCUUCUAAUGUGGUGUAAACUUCCGUCCAACAGAGUGUAUUUGUUUAAUGUGUAUUCCAUUUUUUUUUCUUUUUCAUAUUUGUAUUUUAUUUAGAAAAUGAAUUUAAUAAACAGUAUUUACAUCCAUUA